AUGUCGAGUUUCAUACCCUCAGAUUACAAAGCCCUUGAUCUCUCUGGAGAUAAUUAUCUUGAUUGGGCUAUAAACACUUCAGCCGUCUUGAAGUCUAGAGGACUUGGGAAGUGCAUCAAGUAUGGCAAUGACACCCUUGCAUUCUGUGAGCCAUUGUUGCACGAAUCCAAGAAAAAAUGGGAAGCUCUAAGGUUCCAGGAUUAUGAAUCCGUGGACAAUUAUCACUCUGAUCUUAUGAGAAUCACCUAUAGUCUUAGACUAUGUGGUGAAUUGGUAACAAACGAGGAUUUGUUAAACAAAACUCGUGACACAUUCCAUUCAGAGGAAGUGUUGUUAUCACAUCAGGCCAAAGGUUUCACCACCUAUUAUUACCUGUUCUCAUAUUUAUUAGACAUUGAGCAAAAGAAGCAGAAAAUGAUGGAUAACAUCAGACGGUUUAAUGACAUCAUGGAGAUAUAUUAUGAAGUACUAGACAAUGAGAUGAAAAUCCUUGAAGCUAAUAAAGCCACAUUUGAUAAGAAGAGAUCUGAGGAGGAUUCUGAGUGGACACUCAUGGACCAUGAGGUCGGAUUAUACAUUGAAUAA